AUGGGCGCCAAAGUGGUGAUUUUAUUCAUGACAAUUAUCAUUCUACUUUACCCUUUGGCAGAGGCAAUAGAAUCAGACAGACAUCGCCAACAACUGCCUCCUGACAACCAAAUGUAUUUGGAGGAGACCAUGGAUGAGGACACGGCAGAACUAUUAUGGGUGAACUGUGGAGCAGAGUUGAUGUACACAAUGGAGGCUUUUGAAGAUCUUGAAUAUUGUGGUUGUGAUAAAAGCAUUACAGGAAAAGAAAGAAUAAUAAAAGCUAUAAAUGUCCAGGACCCACAUGUGAAGAAAACUAUAUUGGAUUGCUUGAAGGAGAAACGUAUUGUUUUAUCCAAACUCAGAAAAGAUAAACUUUCUACAAGAACAAGUUUGUACAUAGAGUAUUUAGUUUCAUUUUUAAGCAAUCCUAAUAUUAUUAUUGAUCAUGUUCAUGGAAGACGAAAGUUGGGUGAAACUGUUAGCCAGGGCACAGUUGUUGUUGCUGUAAUUGUUACUGCAAUCUUCACUAUGUGUCUCGCUGGCCUUCUCUUUUAUUGUUACAUUAGAAAGCAUGGUGGAAUUCAAAAUAAUGAUGAAAAGCCUCUUCUCAGUUUAAGUAUGGGUGGUUUUCGAAGAAAGUCUACUGAUAACCAAUCAAAUGGACAGAAAAAUGAUUCGCCGAUGGAUGCUAGAGUCUCUGUUGAUCCAGAUGCUUCUGGAAUUACAAACGUUAAUGAUGGCUCAUCUUUGGAUCCUUCUAUGCAACAACCAAGGGUAAAAGAGUCUUUACGCCAUACUUUAAAGCCUCGAGCAGUUAGGGCAGAAUCGUCUUUGCGGCCUACCGGAAAAACGGAAUUUGCUCUACGGCCUUCCGCCGGAAACACAGGGUCUCCAGUUGGGGUUGGUGGAAUAGAAUCAUCUCCACAGCUUGAAUCGUCUGAACAGCAACCACCGCCUACCGGAUCUUCUCUUGCUCCUCCUGCUCUUACCGCUGAUCCUCCUCCACCUCCAGCUCAUGUUGUCCCUCUUGUACAACUUACUGAACCUAAACCUUCUUCUGAUGAGCCGCCACCUCCUCAAACUCAAGGAGCGGCGCCGCUUCCUCGAACUCAAGGAGCGUCUCCACUGCCUUCUCAAACUCAAGGAGCACCACCAUCUCCUUCACAAACUCAAGGAGCACCACCGCCACCACCUCCAACUGGGGAAGCAGGAGGAGCACCACCGCCACCGCCACCAGUAGCUGAAGGAUCAGGAGCACCACCGCCACCGCCACCUACUGGAGGAUCAGGAUCAGGAGCACCUCCUCCACCGCCCAAACUUGGCGGGAAUGCAGGUGCACCUCCACCUCCUCCUCUACGUGGAUCUGUGGCACGGCCAUUAAGUGCAGCCUUGAGACUUCGACGAACUGAGCAAGUUGAUGCUUCUAAAGCUAAGCUAAAGCCAUUCUUCUGGGAUAAGGUUAUGGCCAAACCUGAUCAACAAAUGGUUUGGGAUAAGAUUAGAUCAGGAUCAUUUCAGUUCAAUGAAGAAAUGAUUGAAAGCUUAUUUGGGUAUCAAGCGGCUGAAAAAAACAAAGAUCAAGACACAAAGAAUGCUGCCACGAAAAACAAGGAUCCCCCCGUGCAUUUCGUUCAAAUUAUUGAUCCAAAAAAGGCACAAAAUUUGUCUAUUCUCCUAAAAGCACUUAAUGUGACAACAGAAGAAGUUUCUGCUGCGCUUAUAGAAGGAAAUGAGCUACCACUAGAAAUCGUUCAAACUUUGCUAAAAAUGGCGCCCACUAGUGAAGAAGAAUUGAAGCUGAGGUUAUACGAUGGGGAUCUUCAUCGACUUGGACCUGCAGAACGAUUUCUAAAGGUUUUGGUUGAAAUACCUUAUGCAUUUAGAAGACUAGAAUCCUUGUUAUUCAUGUGCACACUUCAAGAUGAGGAAUCGAACAUCAAAGAAUCCUUGGAAACCUUAGAGGCUGCUUGUGUCCAACUUAAAAAAAGUCGGUUGUUCCUCAAAUUGUUGGAAGCCGUACUGAAAACUGGGAACCGGAUGAACGUGGGAACAUUUCGUGGCAGUGCAACCGCUUUCAAAUUGGACACACUUUUGAAACUAUCGGAUGUUAAAGGAGUCGAUGGAAAAACAACUCUUUUGCACUUUGUAGUUCAGGAGAUUAUGCGGUCAGAAGGUAUACGGGCAGUCCGGUCAGCCAAAGAAGGGAAAAGCAUCUCCAGUAUCAAAACCGAAGAUCUUCUUCUAGAACCUCCUCCUGAAGAAGCCGAUGAACAUUACUGUAAAUUAGGGCUUGAAGUUGUUUCAUGUUUGAGUAGUGAACUUGAGGAUGUGAAAAGAGCAGCAAUUAUUGAUGCGGAUGGGUUGACGAGUUCGGUUUCGAAACUCGGGAAUGCGCUUUUGAAAGCGCGUGAAUCGCUGAAUACGGAUAUGAAGAUUUUGGAAGAACAAUUGGAAGAGGAAGCGGAUGAGUUUUGGUUGAUUUUGUCAACUUUUGUUGAGAAUGCUGACAAGCAGAUUACGUGGAUGCUUGAGGAAGAAAAGAGAAUAAUGGCGCUUGUGAAAAGUACAGCGGAUUACUUUCAUGGGAAAUCUGGGAAGGAUGAAGGGUUGAGAUUAUUCACGGUUGUUCGAGAUUUUUUGAUUAUUUUGGAAAAAGUAGUUAAAGAGAUUCAAGCAGCACCUAUCAAGCCACUAAAGAAGAAAGCUGACAUGUCAUCAGGUACACAAAAGAAAGAGGACAUGUCAUCGGAUCCUGAAAGAAAAGAUGAUCAGAAUCAGGCGACGAAUGGAGCUCCUACGUUGACCCGGAUACCGAAUUGUCAAAUUCCUUCUCCUCCUGAUUAAGGACAACACAUUUGUGCAUAGUUCUAGUUCUAGUUUAGCAAAGAUGGUGAUUAGUCCACAUAUUUUUCGAGUCGUAUAAACUAGGUGUUGUGUUUUACACGUUAUAAGAUUACAUUA